AUGCCGCUGGUGCGCAGGGGAGCCCAGCCACGAGCGGGAUCUAAGACCAGAAAAGGAAUCGACAUCAACAACAGCAACGGUUCCCUGGCCCAGAAGAAAGACGACGACAAGGUUAGCGCGAGAAGUGGGCCCAGAAGACAGCUGGACGCCAUGGCCUGGCUCUCCGCCAAGAAAAAUGCCAAGGUCGUGCGUGUCCUCCAACGUGCGCCGCCGCAGAUGGAAGAAUGCUGCACCGAGGACAUCUGGCUGGAGCUGCGGAGAGCCUUCAGCGAGAUACAGGAGAAGCGAAGCACCAGCCUGCGCUUCGAUAAGCUGUACCGACACGCACACGCCAUGGUGAUGCGGAACGAAGGGGCGCUCCUCUACCACGGACUGCGCGAAGCCGUGACGGAACACCUGACCACCAAAGUACGUGCCCUAGUCUUGGCUAAAGUUGACGACGACUUCCUGCAGACGCUAAUUCGGGCCUGGAAGGACCACCAGACAAGCAUGGCAAUGAUUGGCGACGUCGUGACCUACAUGGACCGCAUAUACGUGCCUCAGAACAACGUUGACAGCGUGAGCAAAUUGGGUGUCUCGCUCUUCAGGGACGAGGUGGCGCGCAACGCUGAUGUCCGGGACCACAUCCGCGGAAGCCUGCUCGGCUUGGUGAAGACGGAGCGCGAAGGUAAGCCAGUCGACAGGCUUUCCAUGAAGGAGGCGUGCGAAAUGCUCGUAAGCUUGGAACUCGAUUCGAGGUCCGUCUACAAGGAAGUUUUCGAGCAGCCGUUUCUGAAAGAGUCAGCGGAAUUCUACGCUUUACGCGCCCAUCAUUAUAUCGAAACGAUGGACGUUCUCGAGUACAUCGCCAAAAUCCAGCAGCAUAUCACCGAAGAGUCGGAGCGGGCGAGGCAGUGCCUGGAUGACUCGACCGUGGCUUCUGUCGUGCAGGUAGUAGAGAACGAACUCGUUGGGAAGUACAUAAAGGCCAUCCUGGAGAUGGAGGACUCCGGAGUUGUGCAUAUGCUCAAGCACGGGAUGACCGAGGAACUGGCGUGCACAUUUAGGCUCCUCAAAUGCGUGCAGGGUGGCCUCAAGGCAUUGCUUGACUGUACGAGCAAGUACCUGCGCGACGUAGGAAAAUCAAUCGUGAGCGAGAGCGGGGACUCGGUGAGCCUGAUACCGAAAGUUAUAGAGCUGAAAGAUCGCUUUGACCAUUUUCUAAAGCACUCUUUCAACGAUGAGCAGCUGGCCAAGCAGAUGAUCACCGCCGACUUUGAAUAUAUACUUGGCCUGACCCGCAAGUCACCUGAGCUUCUGUCUCAGUUUGUAGACGACAUGUUACGAAAAGGAAUUAAGGGCAUGACAGAGCCGGAGAUUGACCAGUUGCUGGACACGGCUAUCGCGACGUUUCGGUUCUUGCAGGAGAAAGAUCUUUUCGAUCGCUACUACAAGCAGCACCUGGCCAAGCGGCUGCUGCUCAACAAAAGCGCCUCGAUCGACGCAGAGAGAAGCAUGGUCGCUAAGCUCAAGAACGAGUGUGGCGGCAUGUUCACCUCUAAGAUGGAAGCCAUGUUCAAGGACAUUAAUUUCUCCGAUAACAUGAUUCUGGAUUUCAAGGCCGUAAUAUCUUCUUGCGGAAUGGACUUGGAAGGAGUCGACCUGAACCAAAGCAACAUUCCCGCCGCACCGCGCUGCGCUUUCGAGACGUUCAAGCGGUUCUACCUGGCGAGGCACGACGGCCGACGACUGACCCUGCAACCACAACUAGGCUGGGCAGACAUGAGCGCCGUGUUCUACGGGCCGUGGAAGAACGAGCCAUGUUCGUCGCAAACGCCAGACAAGCCCCAGCCGCGUACCUACACCAUCCAGGUGUCGACGUACCAGAUGUGCGUGCUGAUGCUGUUCAACGGCCGCGACAAGAUAUCGUACGAGGACAUCGCCUCUGAGACGGACAUCCCCGAAACAAACCUGACUCGCGCCCUACAUUCGCUGUACGCGGCAACCGCCUCCGAGCCAGUGCUUACCAAGACACCCAACACGAAGGAGAUUGACAAGGGCCACAUUUUCGCCGUCAACGAAGCCUUCACGUCCGGUAUGCAGAAGGUCAAAAUUCAGACGACGUCGGGCAAAAAAGAUUCCUCGCCAAAGAACGAUGGUAACGCGGGCAAUGAGGGCAACGUGGGCAACGUGGGCAACAUGCAGGAAGAGCGAAGGUAUGAACUGGAAGCGGCCAUCGUGAGGAUAAUGAAGGCACGCAAAACAUUGUCGCACGACGACCUUCUCGUCGAAGUGACGAACGUGCUGAAAGCCAGGUACACUCCCACUCCCGCUGCGUUCAAGAAGAGGGUCGAUGCCCUUAUAGAAAGAGAGUAUCUUGAGAGGGAUACCGAGGACCCAGUGGUGUACGUCUACAUGCCAUAA